AUGUGCUCUCGGACAAUUUCGCUCAUAUUCUUCGCUUUAGUAUCUCGUACUAUUGCUUUUCCUUCAACCAAACGCGCCUCUGGAGUCACUACCGACCCAUCCCAAGCUAAUGGCCAAUCAUUCGACUACAUUGUCGUUGGUGCCGGUCUUACUGGUACAACAGUCGCAGCCCGACUUGCGGAAGACUCUGGUGUAACUGUUCUUCUCGUCGAGGCUGGAGGAGACAAUCGUCAUGAUCCUCGUGUAUAUGAUAUAUAUGCUUAUGGUCAGGCCUUCGGCAGUGAAUUGGAUUGGAGCUGGACAACAGACCAGGACAAGACCAUGCAUGGGGGGAAAACUUUGGGAGGAAGUUCUUCGAUAAAUGGUGGUCACUACACACGUGGCUUGAAUGCGCAAUUUGAUGCUUGGUCUUCCCUCUUGGAGGAAGACGAGGCGAGCGCAGGGUGGAACUGGGAAAGCAUGUUCAGUUACAUGAAAAAGUCAGAGAGUUUCUCCCCACCUAACGAACAACAGUCCGGAAAAGGCGCGCAAUACGUUGAAGAAUACCACGGAUACACCGGACCCGUUCAGGUGACAUACCCCGAUCGGAUGUACGGUGGUCCUCAACAAGGCUACUUCAUCGAUACAAUUAAUAACCUUACGGGUAUCUACCAUACCCCUGAUAUUAACGGUGGUGGUGCAAACGCAGUAUCAAUCACACCAUUGACCAUCGACUGGCACGACAACGACCAUCGUUCGUCCUCUGUUCAAGCAUACUUUACCCCAGUCGAAGGUGCACGACCUAACUGGCUCGCUCUCGUCGAAUAUCAGGUUACUAAAAUCAACUGGGCGAAUGCUGGUAGCAUCCCUUUAAUUGCUUCCGGCAUCGAGUUCGCUCCCGCUAGCGGAGGUUCUUCCCGAUAUACUGCCUUUGCAAACAGGGAAGUCAUCAUUGCAUGCGGCGCCAUCCAAUCUCCCGCGCUCCUUCAACUGUCAGGAAUCGGCGACUCUGAUGUUUUGGGACCCCUCGGAAUCAGUACUUAUAUCGAUCUCAAAACCGUUGGCAAGAAUCUUCAGGAGCAGACGAUGAAUUCACUCGGUGCUAUCGGUAAUGGUUUUGACGAAGGAGGAGACGGACCUUCUGACGCUAUUGCAUACCCCAACAUCUACCAAGUAUUCGGCGACAAAGCAACAGACUCUAUCAGCAAGAUUCAAUCUAAUCUGUCUUCUUGGGCGAGCAGUCAAGCAGGUUCCGCUUUGAGCGCGGAUGCGUUGGAACAGAUCUACCGUGUACAAGCUGAUUUGAUUAUAAAUAAGAAUGCACCUAUCGUUGAACUUUUCUAUGAUACCGGUUACCCAGAUAAUCUCGGGAUUAAUCAAUGGCAGCUGCUCCCGUUCAGCAGAGGAACCGUAAGAAUAUCGACAACCGACCCAUUUACUCAUCCGAUGAUCAACGUGAACUAUUUCUCCGUCGACUGGGACCUUGAUGUCCAGAUCGCCAGUGCCCGGCUGUCUCGCACAAUUCUUUCCAGUCCUCCACUCAGCUCUCUUUCAACAGGAGAAUGUCAGCCGGCUGGUGACGUUCCUGACGACGCUGAUCGUGGCAGCGAAGAGGACUGGGUGACAUGGAUUAGGCGUACGUUCUUCGCGGUAUCUCACCCAAUCGGUACAUUGGCUAUGAUGAAGCGUAGCCUCGGUGGUGUCGUCGAUUCACAGCUGAAGGUGUACGAUACAUCUAAUGUUCGGGUUGUUGAUGCUUCGGUCGUGCCUCUGCAAGUUAGCGCUCACCUCGCGGCCAGCUUGUAUGGUGUCGCCGAGAAGGCUGCUGAUCUGAUCAAAGCUUCGUAUCGAGCGUCCUGUGGUGUCUGCCUUGCUACCGACCAAGUGUUGUUCAACGUCCGAUACGGUCCUCGCAACGCGUGCGUACUCUGUGAUAGAGCGUCUAGGAUACUGAUUAAAACUAUUUGUAGAUACUCGAAGUUGUGA